AUGCGCACUCCUCUUCUGCUCAAUUGUACUUUGCAACUCGGCCAUGCUUAGUGCACAUUUGCGAAAGUUUCUCGUGAUUGAUAUUGUUAAGUUUUACUAAAAUUAAGAAUAUUUAGUUCAGUGUAAAUAAUAUGUUAUGUUUAUAAAUAAAAAACUUAUCCCAGAGCAGCUCAUACGAUGUGUUUUCAUAAGGAGUCAUGGAGACAAUAUGCAUAUAAACUCAAAAGAUUGCGUUCAAUUUUGUAUGAAGGGCUUGGCCUGAAGUUUAGUUUUAGUAAUAGUAGGUCAUGUAGAACCGUGGUUUCAACCCCAAAUGCGAGAAAGGGACAUGCAAUGAAAUUUGUUAACUUGGGGAGUGACAUUGCACCAAUCUUUCAACCAAAACGUGCCUUGAUUUUAACAAAAAUGACAAGAUAUGAAUAUGAGAAAAAAAAGUGCCAAUCUCGAGGGGCACUGGAAGAACAGGACCUCAAAAACUAUCUUGAAUCAAAACAGUCUGACUAUCAUGGCUUACUUGAAAGACACAAUGGUCAUUUUAAAGCAUUAAGAACUAUCAAGCAACAUUUAGUGUCUUCUGGUAUAAAAACACAAGUUGUAGAUAGAUGGCAGUUUGGUAAUAAAGGCAUUGAGUGGGCAGAUGUAGUAUUCUCUGCUGGGGGAGAUGGUACUUUUCUUCUGGCAGCAAGUAAAGUAAAGAAUAAGAAUAAACCUUUGAUUGGAUUAAAUACAGAUCCAGUUAGGUCUGAAGGUUAUCUUUGUUUACCCAAGAUAAGAUAUUCAGCUAUAAACUUUGACCAGGCUUUAAAACGUCUUCUAUCAGCAGAAUUUAGAUGGAAAUGGAGACAGAGGAUAAGAAUUACUAUGUCUGGUCAACAUGAUAAUGAAGAACCUAUAGAGUUACAUGAUCAACAAUUAAAGUUUCCAGAACAUCGUUUCUCAGAACAUAUAGGAGAAAAUGAAGAAAUGCGCUAUCCUGUAAUUAUUUCUCAGAAUAACAGAAGAGAGAGAGUUUUACCGGUUCUUGCCCUAAAUGAAGUUUUUAUAGGUGAAUCAUUAUCUUCAAGGGUAUCAUAUUAUGAGUUAAAAUGUGAUGAUAAGCCGAGUUAUAAACAGAAAAGUUCGGGGUUAACAGUUUGUACAGGAACAGGAUCUAGUUCAUGGUUUUUUCAUAUCAAUCAUUUAGACAAAGGUGGUGUCAAGGAAAUACUUAGAAUAGGUAGUGAAUUGACAGGUCAACAGUUUCCAGUUGAAGAUAAUGAAACGUUAGAAAAAAUAACUCAGACUUUCAACAACUCUUUACGUUUUGAUUCCAGUGAACCAUAUAUGGCUUAUACAAUUCGUGAUCCCGUUGUAAAUGCUGUCUAUAAAGUUGACAAACCGAGGGAUUUUGCUAAAAGAAUAAUAAUUCGUUCACGAAUGUGGGAUUCUUCAUUGGUUAUAGAUGGUGGACUGUCUUUUAAAUUUAAUGAUGGGGCUGUAGCAACAUUAGAAAUAUUUGAAGAAGAUGCAUUACGUACUGUAUCAUUUGACUGAGACUUCCAUUUGUUUCCUUUUUAUACGCUCACCUUUUCAUGUGGACAUACUUUGUUGUUGCGCCUGUCCGUCCGUCCGUCCACAUUUGACGAAACUUGAGAUAUAGGUUUAUCUCCAAAAGAUCUCAGUUCCUUUCAAUAUUGGCAUGUAACGAAUCAAAACUUCAUAGAAAUUGUCAUCUGAUUUUGAUGAAACUUGAAAUGCAUGUUUAUAACCCAAAGGUCUUGGUUCCUUUCGAUAUUUGCACAUAUUGGAUCGUAACUUCCUGAAUUAUGGCCCCUGAUUCCCAAGGGAUUCCCCCAUGACUAUGUUCUAAGAAUAGGUUGGGGAAAAUACCUCCAAGGCGUUAUAUUACGCCCUGCACACAGUGAGUGGCAGUUGUCCAGGAUGUUAUAUAACGACUUACGCACUUAACGGGUUAAAUAAUGCAUACUCUGGAAGUAGUUUACAGAAAUAGUUGAAAUUUGACAGGAUUUUUUGUUUUACGAAUUUAAAUAAUACAUAUAAAUUUCAUUUAGAUCGGAUAAUCACUUUUGUCAUUCAAACGUUCACAAGGUUCACUAAGUAAAACAAGGACCAUAAUUGAUGGAAAUUGCUGAAAUUCAAUAGGAUUCUUCUUUUUACUAACUUAAAUGGCACAUAUAAAUUUCAUACAGAUCGGCAGAUAACUUUUGAGGUUAGAGCGUUCACAAAGUGCAACAAGGGCCAUAACUCUAGAAGUAAUAAACGGAAAUUGCUGAAAUUCAAUAGGAUUCUUCUCUUUAUAAUUUAAAUGACGCAUAUAAAUUUCAUACUGAUUGGCAGAUAACUUUUGAUGUUAGAGCGUUCCCAAGGUGCAACAAAUUGAAACAAAGGCCAUAACUCUAGAAGUAAUUGACAGAAAUUGCUGAAAUUCAAUAGGCUUCUUCGUUUCACUGAUUUAAAUCAUGCAUAUACAUUUCACAAAGAUCGGGUGAUAACUUUCGGCGUAAUAGCGUUCACAAGGUUUAACAAAGUGAAACAAGGGCCAAAACUCUAGACUUAAUCAACAGAAAUUAUUGAAAUUAAAAAGACUUCUCAUCUCACUUUUGGUGUUGGAGCGUUCACAGGGUUCAAUAAAGUGAAACAAGGGCCAUAUCUCUGGGCGUAAUAAACAGAAAUUGCUGAAAUUUAAUAGGAUUCUUCUUUUUACUAAUUUAAUUGAUGCAUAUAAAUGUCAUACAGAUCGGCAGAUAACUUUAGAUGUUAGAGCAUUCACAAGGUGCAACAAAGUGAAACAAGGGCCAUAACUCUAGAUGUAAUAAACUGAAAUUGCUGAAAUUUAAUAGGCUUCUUCCUUUCACUAAUUUAAAUAAUGCAUAUAAAUUUCACAAAGAUCAGUUGAUAACUUUUUGCGUAGUAGCGUUCACAAGGUUCAACAAAGUGAAACAAGGGCCAUAAGUGACAAAAUAGCCGCCCCUUGUACGCAAAUAGUGUAAAAAUAUGGCAUAUCAAGUUUGUGAACCCUUGUAAAAAUCUGACCUAAACUGCCGGACAAAAUAGCAAAGUCGUAGACACUCUAGAAUUCACAAUUUUUAUCCGACUUCGAUGAAACUUGAAAUGUAAGAUUAUAUCCUAUUGGACUGUAACUUCCUGGAUUAUGGCCCCGGUGUGAUAGUUUGAGUUGACUCCUGGUGUGUGUUUUCUCCUGGGCACUUGUGCAUGUCCGAAACUGAUGUUUGCCUUAACAACGAAACUAUAUCUACUUCCUGCGGUGUGAGUUGGUUCCUGAUCACUGGUCAGUACAGGAAAAAGUAUAUCAUGUACUUGAUUAGAGUUUUGUCAUUAAUAAACAUACUUGUUAUCGGGGUUAGCUGUUGUUUUAGUGAUCAGUAGUAACACGAUCAACAGAUCUAAGUUGAUUGGCUUGAAAUUGAUACUUCUAUCGUUCGUGAUUUGUUGCCGUUGUUUUUUUUUAAUGAUUAGUCUUUCUACACAGGUACGUACGAUCAGUGGAAACCAUACAAAUUGAUGAUUUGCUUGAAAUUAUCAAUUAAUUCACCUCCAAAGGAAGAUUUAAGGCCUUUGAUAUUUCGUGGCUUCAUUUAUCACAAAUAUAAAAGUAUGGAAUUUCUUAUUCCGAUUUCUUUAACAUAUAGAUUUAUUAUAGGAGCUUUUACGGGUUUCCAUUUUGACGUCAUUUUCGGUCAUGCGCAGACAUUGGCCUUAUUCUUAGACUGAAACCCAUAGACCAUUGUGUGUUUAUUUGUGAAAAUACCGUCGUACAGUAAGCUUCUUUUACAUAAAAUGGAACUGAAUGCCAUUUCUAUAUACGCGUAAGGUUUACCGACCGAUGGCAGAAAGCGAUAUUUACAAAAACUUCGAUAUAGGAAAGAUACGGCAAGUUUACCAGACCCGUAAUUGGCCGUUUGCAAUUGAAACAAGUGGAUGACUGAUCCGUGCUCAAUGGCCCGAACUAAAAUUAAGUGAGGUUUAUUACGCAUUUUACGGUCAAACAGAUGUUAUAUAUUAAUUACGGGACUAUUAACACAAAAGAUUUUAAAAAAUGGUCUAUCCUAUUUACAUUCAACUGCCGACUGGACAGUUCUUUGCGAGGUUGAUAUAUCGAGGGUUUAGAACAUAAUUGUGAUAAGUCACAAUGCUUGAUAUAUUGACUUAUCACAAUUAUGUUCUAAACCCUCGAUAUCGUCUGCUAUAGCACUGCAUGCCACGACCCUACGUACUCGACACAAAACACGGUACUAUGUUGGUCUUUGUUUGAGGCUGUCGACUUGAAAAUAAUUCCAGCUAAUAAUACUAUAAAUAGUAUGCAAUAUGCAAAUAAGAUUGUUUAUGCAUGUGUGCUGUUAGCCAAUAGCUAUUGUAAAUUUCCCCGCAUUUAGACGGCUCUUACCAAUGAUAAAAUAGUUGUUUGGUGCACAGGGUAAAACUUCAGCCAUUUUUAUAAAUUUUUCUCUUGAUUGAUGGGAUAUGAAAAACAGAAAGAAUAAAACGACGAUCAAGUUGAAUCUGUGAAUAUUUUUUAAAACCGUUUUUUUCUGUUAAUUGUAGUCACAUAAAUCGUCUUGGCUCAGCUUUUGGCACUCAGUGAAAUUUUAAUCCAAUCAGUUUAUCUUGCCGCAACCAAGAAGAAGAACGAUACAUUUGUGUCCAUUUUAUCAAUUUCUAAUUCAGUAUUUGGUUCAGAGAACAACUGUUGAAUGAAAAUAUGUAACUGGACUUGGUGCAUUCUAGGAGGGUUGGAUGGCUGAAUACGGUCUGUCAUUGAGUCAACUGGCGGGGUUUUGAUUCCCCGGUUGUACGUGGCAAGGAGUAGGGUCGCCUGUCCAACCUCGUGGGUUUUCUCCGGGUCCUCCGGUUUCCUCCCACUGCUAAAGACCCCUAUGCGCAAGCGAAUUAUUGAAAUAAAAUUAAAAACCAUGUGUUAGUCCCGAAAUGACCUAGUUUGUGUCGAGUGGACGUUAAACCCAAUUUCUCUCUCUCUCUCUCGGUGCAUUCUAUACAUUGUGAUUAUUAUUUGUUCUCUUUUUUAUUAGAUGUGCUACGGUGGUGCUUAAAUUUUAAUAUCGUCUUGAAUAAUUCUUUUGUGGAACCACAGGUCACCAUCUCUAAUUACCCAUUCUAUAAUUUACUCUUGUGCUCUAUUUCAUGGCAUUUUACAACCAAACAGAUGUUAUCUAUUAAUUGUUUGCAGUAAAAUUAAAACAAAACAUAUAAAUCGGCUUCAUACAGCAAUGCAUCUUUGUAAUGCUUUUGCGUACUGCGGUCAACUGGGCCGUGUGCGAGCUUGACAUAUAUCGUCUGCUACAACGCAGUAUAUCGUCAUUAAAACAAAAAAAUAAUAACUUAGACAUGAUUUGAAAUCGGUAAUUUAUUACGAAUGCUACACGCAACUUAAAACAAGAGUGACAUUAAAGAAUACGUUUUCUAUAAAGAGAAAAAGAGGGAAAACCCCGCUUUCCCUAGCAUUUACCAUGUUAAGAUACGGAUAGAAAAAGGCCAGGCUAAAAAUAGACACCGGAAGUACGUCAUGCGUAAAAGCUCCUAUACCAUCCCAUACAUUCAAACCUGCAUGUAGACAGCCCAAAUACAAGAGAGAAUGUUCGCAUUGUGGAUGGGUAUAUAUACUAAAUAAUAAUAAUCAAGAUCGCCAAUUUGCAUCCUCUUGUGGUGGUAAUACUGUAAAUAUCGGUAGAUAAUAGUCUAUGAUUUGACCGUAAGAAAAUCUUAGGGGAAAUCCUAUCACGAGGAGUCAAUGCACACCGCGACUGUAACGGUGUGAGUUGACUCCUACAACUGCGCAUGCGCCAAACGGUAAUCACACACCAGGAACCAUCUGAAACUGCCACACCGGGUUGUUCCAAAAAGCACGUUUUUAGCUGAUGGACCCUCUACAGGUCACAAUUUUUUAUCCAAUUUUAAAAAGCGUUUGAAUAUAUCACUGUAAGGCCUACACCCUAAUGACGGUUGAGUUUGAAUUUCAUGAAAUGGCCGCUCCUUGUACGCAAAUAGUAGUGCUUCUACGGUUAGGACUUUUUAUUAUUCGAAUAGCCGUAGCUAUAUUAACUGGUUAGUAACCGUUUAACGGUAUGGUAUCAAUUUAAAACAUAAAUCAGAGCUUGUCAGGAGGUGCGACAUUCUGAACAUCUGAGACACGCUACCUGCGGAGAAGUAUCUCAGACACAGUCAAUAGCCAUGAUAUCCAUAUCACGUGAUCUACACAUAACAGGUCAUGACAUUGACGUCAAUGGGUCAUGAGGUCAACAUUGUAAACAAUAGGUUUAUCUUCAGCAUUGUGUCCGUUGCACCCAUAAAGACUAUAUAAUUCGUACAGUCCCAACAUGUUCUCUCUUUUUCCAAUGAUUUUUCACCAAAAAUAACAUCUACAACUCAUAGAAUUGACGUUGUCUUCAAUGACAGGAUCUGCAAGAGUUGUUCAUCAUAGAGGCCGCCAUAUUGCACUAUUUUGUGCGUCGGUCGGGUCUAUUUCAGAUAUACACAAUCAAUUCUGUUGAUGUUUUUAGCGUUGGGAUUGACUAAUAGUUAAUGUGUUUCAGUUCUAAAACAAAUAUUUUAAACUUUAACGCAAAUUUAGAAAAUAGCCAAAUUCUGGCUGGGAUUACUGAGCAAUAUGGCCAUUCACUGUAUACGUGCGAAAAAAAAGCUAGCCACCAAUUAAUUUUCGUACGUUAGUUACCUACGGAGGUGCGAGUCAUUACUCGUGCGCACGCGCCAAAAUUUCAGGAAUUUUUUCAUAGACAUGUACAAUUCUUUAAUGAAAAUUUAAACUGUCUAAAUCUAAGGCCGUAGUUAUUUGUUGUUAAGAAUAGAAUAAAGUAAAUUGGAAGGCGUCUAUUGAUUGGACAAUAAAGAAAUAAUUCCUCGCUUGCAAGUAGAAUUUUUAUGAUUGGUUAAUUUAGCUAAAAACCAAAGUAGAAUUCUUGCUAGAAAUUACGAUUGUAUCUUAGUUUAAGUUUCCGUGAAUAAGGGCCCUGGCUGACUGGGACCUGGCUUACUGGGACCAGAUUUGUGGCUGAUUGGGACCAGAUUCUUGGCUGACUGGGACCAGAUUUAUGGCUGAUUGGGACCGCGACAAGGCUCAUUCGGACCAUUACUUAAAUGACGCGAGUAUUUAAAAUAUGUUUGCAUAUUUUUGAUAAUAAGACAACAAUGACAAUAAAUAGUGUAAUUAGUCACAAAUAAUAGUGUAAUUAGUGAAUGACGGCUUCAAUACAAAUGAGCUAAAUCACAGAGAAGAUGCUUCACAUUCUUGGCUGAUUGGGACCAGAUUCUUGGCUGAUUCGGACCAUGAUCAGACCAAUGACGAGAGUGUUUUAAAUAUGUUUGCAUGACAAUAAAUACUACCCAGUAUUAUCAAAUUGUAACCCAAUAUCAAAUAGCCUCAUAUCAGAUAUAGUUACUGCAACGAAUGCGAUAUUUUGUAAUGAGUGAAGUUGAAAAAAUGUCAGACAAAUUGUACUUUGUAUAAUAUUUUAAUUAGUAAAUAUCAGUUUAUUUCAUAUAACGAGACAUUUGGUGGCGAUUCAAUUCCUUUACAAACCAAUAUUUUAUUAUUUAGUAGGACCUUCCUGAUCUAGACAAGUGUUGAAUGUAAUACACUAAAUUGGUUGACAAAUGUGUAAAAUUUUCUUAGUAAUAUACACAUUAAACAAAGUUAAUUAAAUCACGCUUUAUAGUAUAAAACUCCGGUAGCAUUAUACAAGACCCUUAUCACACCAUUUAUUGUUAAUUAAUGACAAGCCUAGUAAUCCAAUAAAUAAUCAGAUCCAAUCACACAAAUUCCCUGUUGUGGCUGUCAGUAAGAUCUAAGUAAUUUUCAUGUAGUAAUAUAGUACACUUUCGGACUUUCCUAGAUAUCACCUACCUGUUUACUUGUGUUAAAAUUGAGUCUAUAAAUCUAUUGUUUUUUUCUGUGCAAGGUAGAAUAAACAUUUUGAUUGCUUUUAUAUACAUCAUAUUUGAAAUAACUGAUUACCGUUGCUACUGUAUUACUGGUAUUAGUUUUCAAAUUUGUAUGGUUUAAACAUUAUUUCUAUAACAUAAUUACACACAAUAUAUCCGGAUUUCCGUUAUGCUACUGUAUUGCUAGUAUUAGUUUUCAAAUUUGUAUGACUUAUUGAAAUUACAAUAAAUUGGUUUAAACAGUAUAUCUACGUAUAAUUACACACAAUAUAUAGGCUAUAAUGGAUUCCGAAACAAGCUAUGAAGUUUAUAAAAUAAAAUAAAAAUGCUCUGUUUAAAUUGCAUAAAACGUAUAAUAAUUUACAUAAGAUUAAUGAGAUAAUCUCUGUUAAUAUAGUAACUGUGACAUAAAAAAAUGGAAUAUAAACAUAAAUAACGUAGGCCUACAUAAAAGAAAAUAAUUAUAGUCACGCUAUAGCCUAGAUAAAACUCCUUUAAACUUAAUUCAAUAUCAAAACCUCAGUUUCUAGUAUUUUUUAUCGUGUGGUCCGAAUCAGCCUAGUGGUGGUCCCAAGCAGCCUGGAAUGUGGUCCCAAUCAGCUUUGAUUUUUGGUCCCAAUCAGCCAUGGUCCCAAUCAGCUUGGUUUCUAAUAUAGUUAGAAAUGCCGAGAAGUAUUUAGAUUGCAUUAACAAUAGCUAAAGUCAGAACAAGGUCCGUUGACUUUGCCGUAUGACUACGACGAGUGCUAUUAAUAGUAUUAUUUUUUUAGCAGUCGACAUCGUAGGACGACUUUUAGAUUCUAAGAUUUUCAAACAUCAAAUACAAAAUGACCACGGGCAAGUUUUGUUAUAAAGAGGAAUAUAAUCAGACACAACUCCAUGUAAUGGGGGACAUCUCCGAAUAACCGUACCGUUGAAUUCGAACCGUUUAACCGUCCAGUUCUAACCGUUUACGGCUAUCCGACUAGUCGUAGGAGCACUAGCAAAUAGUAACCAAGGUUGUGGACUCUCUAGAAGUCACAAUUUUUAUCUGAUUUUGAUGAAAUUUAAAAUAUAAAAUCAAUCCAUUUACGAAAGAUCGCUUUUUUUUUUUAGCUUGUUCUCUCUCCAUCUUUUGCAAAUGUGGGCGUAUCUUGCCUGGCAACCGCUGGUUUUAGGUUGGUGGGUUAUAUUUACAUUUUAUGACAUGUAAGUUUGUAACACAAUAUGCAUUUGCAGUACUGUAAUAAGUUUUUUGUACAAUGACAUCUGGAUUUUGUUAUAUCAUUUUCCACAAUCAAUAAAUAUGUUACAUUCCUAGUC